AUGGACGUAGAUGAACAAUCUCAGUGCGUUAGUAAGAUCAUAUUCGAACUCAACGAACUUGGCAAACUCGAAUUUCCGGCAUACGGCAGCCUUUACUUUGCGAACACGUCAUACGUUACCGGAGCCGAACUACCCUCUAACCCGGGCUACUGCAUAGGCCCUCACUGUGGAGGACCAUGGCCCAAUCUCAGCACAUACUGCGACAGUCUCAUAGACCUCGGUAUCUCUCGAGUUCCCCCACCUCACCUCAUAACCAAACACCCACACUGGCAAGAAUUCCACGGAUCACCCACAGAACACUACGACCUACUCUCACAAGGCCGCGCGCUGCUAAAAGCAAUGGCUCGCCACCCCUCACUCCAAGACACUGCAAAGCCAUCCCUAUUCCACCCCUGUCUACACACAGACAACAUCUUCGUCUCAGAAAACACCCCCACAACCGUCACAGCAAUCAUCGACUGGCAAGCCUGCAGCAUAGAACCAGCUUUCCACUACGCAGACAUCUCACCAGACUUUGCGCAACCACGCCCGCACGUCCAGCCAGAACGCGAGUUGAGUUUCAAACGCGAUGAAUGCGGCAUCCGCUUUGACUUGGGUCUAAUCGUAUUCUUCGGUCCUAUGUUUAAAGCACGUCGAAUGGACACUGCGUACCUCACCCCCUUCCGCUACUGCCACCGCACAUGGAAAGACGGCUUCAUCCGCUUCCGCAACGAAAUUAUCCAGACGGCGCGACGAUGGGGGGAAUUGGGCUUUGAAGGUGCAUGUCCUGUUGCUUUGCUCAGUGAGGCCGAGUGCGCAAAACAUAUGGAAGAGUACAAGACUUUUGAGGAGAUUCAAGAAUGGAAGGAGAGUAUAGACGUUGCAUUGAAUGUAGGAGAGGAUGGCCGGGUGCCGGCGGAGGCGUAUGAAAAGAUGCAGGCUUUGCAUUUGGAGUUGCUGGAGUAUAGUGUGAAGCAUAUGUUUGAGGGAGAGGGGAUUGAUCGGGAUACUCAAGUUCAGAACUAUGAGUUCUUGAAGGAGGUGUGGCCUUUUGAUCUGCCGAGUGGGUAUAAAGAGGAGCUUAGGCGGGAGUGA